CUUCAGUUUGCACUCUCGCCUGCAGCAAACUCAUCCCCUCUUUUUUGUGUGCUCUGGCUAUCAUGAGUUCCGGCUGAUUUUAGAACCAAAAAUCAGCAAGGUUUGCGAUGUGAUUCUGUUUCCAUGACCUGAUUUUUCGUCAAUGCUCUUCAGUUUCAUGAAUUUUGUCUAGGUUUACCUGUUCCCUUUCCUUGUAAUCAUGUUAGCUUUCUCCAACCAUAACUGUACUCUAAUAUGCAAAAUUCAAGUGUCACAUUGCUCGCAUUCAUGGAAACAAUCUUCGUUUACAAAACUAACAAAUUUAAACCUUCUAAAACCCCAAAUUUUCCGGUUGGUAUGUGCCGUUGGCGACCUAGGGCAAAUGCAGAAAGUUGAAGAUGAGAAACCGCGGAUUAGAUGGGCGGAAAUCAACCUUGAUGAAAUCAAUGACGCGCAAAGGAUUCAUAUAUCUCGAUUGCCGAAAAACAUGACUAAUCGAUGCAGAGCCUUGAUGAAACAAUUGAUUUGUUUUUCGCCUGAAAAAACUAACCUAUCGAUAUUGUUGGCUGCGUGGGUAAGGAGUAUGAAGCCUGUUCGAGCUGAUUGGCUUGUUGUUCUCAAAGAAAUGGGAAACAUGAAUCAUCCAUUGCGUUUCGAGGUGGCGGAAUUUGCCCUUCUUGAAGAAUCAUUUGAACCCAAUAUCCGUGACUAUACAAAGAUCAUUCAUGGUUAUGCUAAGCAAAGUCGAUUACAAGAUGCUGAAAACACAUUACAAGCCAUGAGAAAUGAAGGUCUUGAAUGCGAUCAAGUAAUUUUAACAUCUUUAAUUCACAUGUAUAGUAAAUCUGGAAAAUUCAAUCUUGCAAAAGAUACAUUUGAAAAAAUGAAGCUUCUGAGUCUUCCUUUAGAUAACCGAGCUUACGGGUCAAUGGUUAUGGCAUACAUUAGAGCCGGAAUGUUAAAAGAAGGAGCAAUUCUACUUAAAGAAAUGGAAUCUCAACAAGUUUAUGCCAAAAGUGAAGUUUACAAGGCGAUGUUAAGAGCAUACUCCAUGAGUGGCGAUAGUGUGGGAUCUCAAAGAAUCUUUGAUGCAAUUCAAAUUGCGGGUAUUAUUCCUGAUGAUAAAAUAUGCACACUUUUAAUUAACGCAUAUGUAACUUCGGGUCAAAAUCGAGAAGCUUGUGUUGCAUUUGAGAAUAUGAGGAGAGCGGGUAUUAGACCCAAUGAUAAGUGUGUGGCUUUGAUGUUGGAUGUUUAUGAGAAGGAGAAGAAGCUUAAGGAAGUGUUGGAUUUUUUGAUGGAUUUGGAGAGUGAUGGGAUUAUGAUUGGGAAAGAAGCUUCCGAGAAAUUGGCUCGUUGGUUUCGGGAAUUGGGAGUUGUAGAAGAAGUUGAGCUUGUCCUAAGAGAUUAUGGUUCAAUAGAGGUGUAAUAUAAUGUGAAUUUACUCGAGUUAAAU